UAAUUGGUAAUUGGGCCACCCAUUAACAAUCUGAGUUUGCCCCCAUUUCUCUAAUUGUAAUUAUUAAUUCCUAACCCCCUUAAUUUAAAGCCCAAUACUCUGAAAAGCCAUUUGUUUCAAUAAGCCCAAUUGAAACUCCCAAACGACGUCGUUUUUCUCUUCCCCAAAGUAUUGAUCAACAAUUUGCCAUUCGGAGCGCCUUUUUCGCGGCGGAGCUUGCUUAUUUAGUUUAUAUAUGCCUACAAUGCUGCCGGGUCACGAAGAUGGUGGAGAGGAACUCAACGUUUCGAUUCCGCUCGGUGGUCCGAUUUACGUCCCCGACAGUGUAGGUCCACUCACGAGAGUCCCGGACUUCGAAACUUCCGUUUUUCAAGAACUUCAGAGUUUGAAAGAAGAGCUCUAUGGUGACUCUACGGAAAUUUGUGAUGAAGAAAUAUCGGUUGAUGAACUCAAAAUAAUCGGGGAGGAUGAGUUAGUUAGUAAAGCAUUUGAAGAAGCUUUCAAGGAUGAUGAGUUGGCUAUAGAUGCUUCACAAGUCAAAAACGAGCAUUUGAACCCAGAUGAUAACGAUGCAUCUGUCCCUCACCAUGGUUGUCCGCAAAAUUCAGAAGCGGAUACGAUGGCAAUAGUAUCAAGUGAAUCCUCAACUGCCUUGCCUCUUAAAGUCCGUGGCCAGAAAUCAAACAAAAAUCCUCCGGGGAAGGGGCAAAAGAGGAAGCAUGGCAGUAAAAAUAUCGACUCUUUUAAUGAAAGCUAUAUAGCAAAGGUGGAAGAACUAGCUAAAAUUAAACUAAAACAAGAAGAAGAUAAAGCAACCGUGAGAUUGCAUUCGUUUGAUUCCAGGUUCACAAAAGCUGAAAAGAUAAAAUCUCUGAAAUCGUCCAGUGUUUCGACAAAGGUGAGAGCCGCAAGUACGUCCAGUAAUUUGCCAUUGCAUUUUCCCGAAACUGUCCUAUGUUGUGAAGUUUACCAUAACAGGAAAACGUGGUUGAAGACUCAAGAAUUCCUGGUUCUAGGACGACAAUUCUUGACUGAAGUACGAGACAAAAUAUAUUGCUUGACCGACGAGAUAAUGAAGAAGGCGGGGCAGCAUGAUCCUUCUGGAUACUUCUUGAUAGAAGAUGUUUUUUGUAAUGACAUGAGGGAGGCCUCUGCAACAGACUACAGUAAGCCCAUACUCGAUUGGCUAAAAGACUCGAAGAACGAAGCACUUGAAAAGUGGGAGAUCAUUGUUUCUGGUGAAUUGCAACAGAAGCAAAAGGCACUUUUGGGGGGUGAAACUAAACAAAGCUUACCCAGUUUGAAAUCUCUUCACAUGCAGACUACAAGAUUUUGUGAUGUCAGAUUCCGACUCGGUGCUGGAUAUCUUUACUGUCACCAGGGGGACUGCAAACAUGUAAUCGUAAUACGUGAUAUGCGACUGAUUCAUCCAGAGGACAUACAAAGCCGAGACGCUUACCCGUUAAUCACCUACCAAGCAAAGUUCCUCCAUAAGAAAUGUUCUGUUUGCAAAAUCUACAAGGCAGAGAAGAUGACGGUGGACGACAAGUGGGCCCCGUCGAAUCCAUGUUAUUUCUGCGAAGUCUGUUAUUAUAUGCUGCACUACGCAGACGGUUCUCUUCUCUACAAUGAUUUCGAUGUCUACGAUUAUCACCAUGGUUAGCACAUACGAAGAUUUGCGAAACUUGAAAUUUAUAACGGUCAUUUAC